GACCCCGGUUUCAAACGGGAGCCACGGCGGAGGCCGGGAGCCGCGGAGGGGAGAGGGGCCGUUGGGCGCCCGCAACCGCCCAAAGGGAGCCGGCAGGACAGUUGGAGAAAAUGUCGUUCCAGGAAUGCGCAGAAACAUCCUCAAUGUUCUUUAAGAAUGGAGUCAGGGAACGGAUGAAGGAAAAGAAAAAUGGAGUAUUAAAAGCAGCAAAGAUGAAUGCUUCCCUCGCAUCAAAGAUUAGAACAAGAACAAUUAAUAAUUCCUCUAUAAUUAAGGUCUCCCUGAAACAGAACAACAAGGCAUUGGCUAUGGCCCUCAAUGCUGCCAAGAUAACAGCCAAGAAACUUACCGAUGAGAAGAUGAGACUGCAGAAAGAAGUAGAGUUGGGUCACUUUGAAAAUGCUUGCUUACGCCACAAGCUCUCUUCUGUGAAAAAAUAUAUUGAUGAACUGCAGCUCUUUAUGAACAGCUGCUUUCAAACUGCAAUCAAGAUGACCAGAUUUUCUGAGAGUGAUUUAUAUUCUUCAUUGCUGGAGGAAAGAGGGCACAAUGAUACUCAUGAUAUUUCUUGCAGUCAGGAUGAUAGCAACUGUCCUAGAGUGGCACCAAAAUUUAUGAGAAUUCCAUUGUCUCAUGUGGAUGAUGAAGGAAGCGGCAAUGCCAGAAAGACAUCCACCAGUCUGGAGAAAUUCCCUUUAGAUGCAUUAGAAUCUGCUUUUGGUGAGUCUUGGAGAAGUAUGCCUUUCCAUGAGGUAAAGAAGUCACUCUCUUCUUUCACGGACAAAGUAUUGGCAAGCAGUGGAAAUAGUCAUGCAGGAUUACAUGGAGUAGAUGACUCUACUUUGGCAUUGAAUUCAAGCACAAUUUUUGGAGACAACCUUGGGAAUGUGCCACAGAAUUCCAGGAGCAACUCACUAUCUAUCCUGGAUAAGAAUUAUCCUGUCCAUCAAUGUAAGGAUACUGCAAGAUCACACAGUGAUAGUAUGUUGAGUGAACAUGUGACUAAGAGAAAAAAACGUAAAACAGGCAUUUCUGCUACAUUUGGAAACCUAGAGGCAGAACUCUCAGAUAUCGAUAAGCUAAAGGGAACACAGGAAGCAGAGUCUCUUAUUAAAGACAAUCUUGAAAUCAGUCAGGUUGGCGAACUUAUUACACUGAGCACCAAAAGUGAAAGCUAUAUAAAGUACAAAGCGAAGGAAAGAAAAACUCCAGAAAAAGAUACUGCUAAAACAAAGAACACAAUGUUUUCUACCAGUCAAUCAAAAUUAAGCUUGAAAAAUGAUAAUAAUGGAAGACCGGAUGUUAAUGCUGCAGUGUCAAAAACCAGUGAACUGAACAGUAGCGAGGAAAAACUUCCUAAGUCUGUCUGUCACAUGGAAAAUUUAAAUCAGGAUAGGAAGGAGAAAUGCAGUUCCCAGAACUUAGGCCAAACAAGACCAAACAGAAGAACGUUUGUGGUGGAGCCAAAUUGUAUAAAUAAUUCCACAACUCAAGAAAUUGAAAAAGGAAUAUACUUGGAAAAAAUCAAGAAUUUAGAAAAUCAAGCCAAAAGGCCAGAGUCUGGAUCAACAAGCAAUGACGUUCAACAAAAUGAGACAAGCUGUAGUUAUAGUAAAAAAGGCCUUAAUAAAUCCAAAAAUUAUAGAAGAACCACUGUGCUAGAUCCAGGGCCUUCUAAUGAUAAGGAUUGUUGUGCUUCUUUUCAACAUAUUAAAGAAAAGACAGACUUGGAGAACUUGGAUAGUUUAGAAACACGGUUCCAGAACCCAGAGUCUAAUUCAUUAAACACUGUGAAUACAGAACUUUCAGUUGGUUUCCAGACGCAAAUUCCUAGUCAAGGAGCAAUUUUGGGACUUAAUGUAAAGCGUAAAUCAAAGAAGAAGGUGCAUGAAAAUAAUGAAUCCCAUAGAUUAAGUGAGAUGGAAGAACAGAGUUUAGGUAAUAUAGAUUCUGAACUUCCACAAUCAGAAAUAAAAAAGAGAAAACAUAGAGAUAAAACAAUGAAUUUUGAUAGGGAUACCAUACAGAGAGAACAUUCCAGUGCUAAUGCUGAUAUAUUUGAUUUGAAUGAAAAAGCUCAAAAAGCCAGUAAAAAAAAAAGAAAAUCAAAAUGUACGCCAUCUUUUUUUCCAAUUUCUUUGGAUGAUGAAGAUAAUAGUAAUAGCUCAGUCAAAAAGAACUGGGAAACCUCAACCACCCUAAACAGUUUCUCUUUAACUAAAAAAAGAGGGCAUUCAGAAAAGACGAACUGGACCGCCAACAGCAAUGAGGCUGGCUUAAAGAAAAAAAUGACAAAAUUUAGCAAGAAAACGUGCAUUAGAAAUGAUUUGGGUAACAAAGGUACCGAUUGUGAGCCAGGUCCAGAGGAAUACGAAAUCACUCAAACCAGUAAGACAAAAUGGGAUUUUCUCCAAGUUCCAGGCGGCAGCACUUUGCAAAAGCCUACUGUGGCUAUUACCAAGACCUUGCCUCUAAAUCCUGAUUCGCCUUCAGUUGUCCUUUCUAAAAGCCCUAGCUAUGUUGAAGUCCAGGAAAGCCCAGAAAGAGAUUGCGCUUUGUCAAUACCCUCAACUGUCCUCAAGAAAAACAUUAAGCAACUUGAGUGUUCUGAAAAAGAAGAGAUGCCGCCUAUACAAGCCAUUCCAGAAACAAGUUCAGAACGAGAAAAUGGGAAUAAAAUACUGAAAGAUUUGACCAAUUCCAUCUCUCUUGAAGCUUCUCCAAUAUGUCUAAGCCGACGAAGAAAAAAGGAAGUUUCCUAUGCAGAGCCUAGGCUGAAUAAGAAACUGAGGCGUGGUGACCCCUUUACAAUGACUGACUUCCUCAGUUCCCCCAUCUAUAAAACAAAAAAGAAGAAGUUGACAAAAGGAGCCGAAAUGUCCAGGAAAACCAAGAAAAUUAAAACAGCAAAUUCAUCUUAGAUUUGGUGCUUAAUCUUUAGACAAAGAAUAACACAAUUGUUUCCUAGGUAUGAGGUUUUUUCCUUAAUUCAGCGAGUUUUAGCUACUUCAUUUUAAAAAUAAAAUUUAUUUUCUAUAAAUAUUGUUUCUCAAACUAGGUCUGUUGAAUUACAUCAGAUUUAUUCUAACUAUUUGAAGAUUCAUUGGAAGGCCUAUAUGUAAACUUGCCAAAACGUCAAAAUAACCUGAAAACUAAAAUCAGGCAUCCCCUCAUAUGUCUUCUGUAUUAUUACCAUCACGGUUAUUUACUGUAACAGAAGUGUGCCUUUAAAGCUUUAUACAACAGCAGAGUAGUUGAGUAAGCCAAGUAGGGUAAAGGAAAACAUGACAAAGUCAAGACAUUCAUUUUGCUUGGAAAGCAGAUUUCAGAAAAUCACACCUUAUUUUCAUGUAGAAAACUGUAAGAAAAAAUAUAAAAAAUACAUUAUGAAGUGUUGUUUUGUUGUAUGACAUUAAUCUAUUCAGAGAUUUUGGAAUAAUGUUUCAGUAAUUGGUGUAAAAUUGUUCACGUCUUAAAUUGAUAGAAUUGAACAUGAUAUUUUUAAUAUCCAAAUGAAUCUUAUCUUUGUUCUCAAAGUAAGGAUACUAUAGUUUAGCUUCCACUGUAUUUUAAAACCUUCAAUGUAUAAUUAAGGCAGUUUUAUUUUUUUUGGAAGUAACCGUCAUCUUACAUGAGGAGAAAGUAGUAACAGUAUUUCCCAGUGGGGGGAUGUUAAAAUGUGUCCCAUUUUAAAUCGAGAUCUACUUCUUCAGAAUUUGUUGUGGGGGCAGGCAAACACCAUUGUAUCACAUUUUUCAAGAUGUUAAAAAUAAAUUAAUAUGAUUUUUCCAUCAAUGAAUCGGCAGUAAAACGGUAGAUACAUUCCAAG